CCCACCCCUUCCCCACCCCCUUCCCACUCCCACUCCCACUCCCACUCCCCAUUGCUUACGGAACAAAAGCCUCUGCAUAAAAUCAAAUACUCAUAAAAUCAAAUCAAGAAAGAAACAAAGUAGUACCAGGACUCGAGCUCGUACUUAAGGCGAUAAAAGAAAUGGCAGCCCCACGGAUUCGCUCUCUCCUAUCGUCAUCGCACCUGCGCAACUACAGCAUCUCGUCAUCGCUACUACUACUUACCCGCAACCCCUCCUCCUCCUCCUACACCAACACCAACACCAACACCACUACCCCUCACUACCGCUACACCAACAACACCCUCCACCAAACCCUCAACACUCCCCGCAACUUUACCACCUCAACCGCAAAAAUGACCGUCAUCAAGAUCGAAGCCGCCGAUACCUACGCCCAGGCGUUGGAGGAGUCCAAGACGAAGCUUGUCGUGAUCGACUUCUUCGCGGUGUGGUGCGGUCCGUGUAGGGUGAUCGCGCCCAAGGUGGAUGCGUUCUCGAACGACUACGCGGAGAAGGCCAGCUUCUACAAGCUCGACGUCGACGAGCACCAGCAGAUCGCCGCUGAGCUCGAGGUCCGCGCCAUGCCUACCUUCCUGUUCUUCAAGGACGGCAAGAAGGUCUCCGAGGUUGUUGGCGCUAAUCCUAGUGCUUUGAAGGCUGCCCUCGAUAAGUACUGCGCAUAGACGGAGCGAGCGGGACACCCGGACCAACUAUACUGUUCAACUGUUCAACUACUCGAUGGGUGGAUGGGAGGAUGUGGGUGGAAUGGGUGGAAGCGUGCGACCGUCUGAUGAUUGAAUGAACGAAUCGAUGGAUGGUUGGGAGUUGUACUGUACUUACUUUCUUCUUACGUCCGUGUCCGUUUCCGUGCGUGUAACGAACGAACGAACGAUUCCUACGGCUUCAUCAUCAUCAUCGUCGCUGAAUGCUGAGGGCUGAGGGCUGAGUGAAUGUCGUGUGCAAGUUCGCGAUGGCUCAACUCGGCCCGAACGCUGUGUCCUAAUGUGGUGUUCCGAGG